AUGGGGGCUUAUCUGUCAAAACCUGCCACAGAAAAGGAAACUUCGUCAGAUUCUAAUGAAUGGAUUUCCUAUGGAUGUUCCUCUAUGCAGGGAUGGCGACGAUUCCAAGAGGAUGCCCAUAGCUGCAUAUUGGAUUACGAUCCUAAACGGACAGCUUCAUUUUUCGCUGUAUAUGAUGGUCACGGAGGUGCCGAAGUUGCGAAAUACUGCUCACUGCAUUUACCGGAGUUCAUUCUCUCCCAACCUGGAUACAGUACAGAUGACGAACCUAUUAACCCAGUCAACCUUCUUAAGAAAGCAUUUAUUGAUUUUGAUAUCACUCUCACUCAACCAAAGGCAAAAUCAGAACUCAAAUCAAUAGCAGGUCCUGGGAGUGAAGAAGACGACGACGAUGAGGACGUUUCAGAGGACGAGGAAGGGCGAUUAAGAUCCAAUGGGGACGCAUCAGGAGACGAAGAUGAAGAACUUAUGGCUCUCACUGAUGAAAAUAUUGAGGAAAUUACUGAGUUAACUGAUGAAGCCACUCGUCCUAUUGAAGCUGUAAUACGGAAGCAAUUCAAGGGCGAAAUUCCUAUCUUCAUUCAGAAUCUGCUAUCUACGUUCAAUAUACCUGUUGAUGCUGGUCCAUCUGGAUCUUCUUCUACAUCAGCUUCAGUCACCGAAAUCCCUGUUACUGGUGUUUCUUCCUCUCUAGUUUAUCCUGUUAUGCUAAUGCGAGUGGACAAGGGCCCGAAAAGUAAAUCCAGUUUCCUGGAGGGUUCGUUAGGCGAAAUUAUGUUUUAUCUUCGAACGAUGCUAUUUGGAGUUCGUCUAUCAAUUUUUAAAUUCCCUUUUUUCCUUGAUAAUGCAGAAGAAAAAGAAGCCAAAUCAUCUGAACGAGCAUCUGGAGACGUGCAACAAUCAGUUGAAAUCGACGGCGACGCCGAUUCCUCAAAUUUAAUUGAAGCUGAAGGCAAGAGCGCGGAAAAAGGCAUUGUUAGGUGUGAAAGUGGUGAUACUGGUGAUGAAACGAAUGGUGAUGAGAAAUGCACUGAAGGGACGGCUAAAGGAGAACAUGGAUCUGAAGAAGAGGAAGAAGAGGAAUCAGACGAUGAGGUCAGUUCAUCACCACACUACACCUUUACUUUCCUUCCCGUUGACCUCUCCACAUUAUCCCCCGGGUGUGCUGCGGUUGAUUUUGACAAGGAAAUGGAAGAGAAUGAGAAAUUGGUUGAUCAUUGUGGUUUUGUGGUGGAUAUGGAUAAGACCUUUUAUCAGGAUUACGAUGCUGAAAAAGACGACGAGGAGUUCUACGAUGACGAAGACGACGACGACGAUGAUGAUGAUGACGAUGAGGGAGACCAAGAUUAUGUUGAUGAUGACGAUGACGAUGAAUCUAGCCCAGUUGCAGUUCUCCCCCGACCGGUGGGUUUCAGUGAGCCCGGUGUUGACUCUGGCUCCACCGCCUGUGUAGCCUUCAUCUUGCCCGAAGUCUCGGAUGACAAGGAACCUGUUCGACGAGUCUUUCUCUACGUUGCCAAUGCAGGUGACUCCAGGGCGGUGUUGUGUCGAUCUGGAACGGCGGUGGAACUCUCUGAGGAUCAUAAGCCAGAGGAUCCGCCAGAAAGAGCAAGGAUUAAUGCUGCUGGAGGAACUGUGACGGCUGAUGGACGAGUUAAUGAUGGUCUCAAUCUCAGCCGAGCUAUUGGUGACCAUGUCUAUAAGCAACGAAGCGACCUCCGAAUGUGGGACCAAAUGAUCUCUGCCCUUCCCGAUGUGACUCGAACAGAGCUGGUGCCGGGUGCUGAUGAAUUUUUAGUGAUUGCCUGCGAUGGCAUUUGGAACGCCAUGACCAGUCAAGCUGUAGUCGACUUUAUCCGUGAACGUCUUCAUACUGACACCUCUGCCGCCCAGAAAGUGACUGAAAGUGAGAAGGAAGAGAGUAAAGAAGAGGACGAGAAGACCAGUGAAAAAGAAGAGAAGGUAGAGGUUGAUCGAACUUCUCCUCAAUUUCUUGCCAAAAUCUGCGAAGAGCUUUUUGACUCUUGUUUAGCCACCAACACGUUGGGCGAUGGAACUGGUUGUGACAACAUGACUUGCCUAAUCCUUCGUUUUAACGACCUGGAGGGACUUGCUGCAAAAGCAGUGACUCGUACCGUUACCCAGCCUCCUGAUGACCUCUCAUUCCUAAUUGAUUCAUCUGCGAAAGAAGAUUUGGAUGAAAGUACAGAGGCUGCUAUCGCAGCGAGCUCUAUCCAGGAGGAAGAGUGCGAACCAUCUGGUGAUCAAGUUGACCCCAUCCCUGUGACUGCAGUCUUCAACACCGCUAACGGAAACGGUGAAGCUGACGAACGUCAAUCUCCUCCUUCUCCUUCCCUUUCUCCAGUACUCAAAAAGGCGAGAUUGGACACCUCACCCCAGAAUGGAUCGUCCGAUGCUGUUGGAGUUGAACAAGUGGAGUAA